AUGUUGCGCCCAGCAUGGAAUCAGGCUUGGACAAGUCUGCUUCUAGGGUUUUCCGCUACAGUGUCAGCGCUGGAUCUGGAAAUUAACAGCACGCAAUCGAUCAAAGAUGCCGCAACAGUGACAGUUCAGAAUACGCUUACCAACUCAUCUCUCAGCGGCAACGUCAAUCCGGUGUACGGUGAUGCUAAUGAGUGGAUAUUUAACUCAUCCACCGUGGAGGCGUGGCUCUACUCGACUCUGAUUCCGUUUUGGAAUCUUACUGGAAACGACACCUACAAUGAACUCAUCAGCAAGCGCAUGUAUAGUAUGGCAGGACUGGAGCUCGGAGAUUCGUGGGCAGAAUCUGACAACGAUACCAACAUGAACCAUGCGGCUUGGGCGCUGGGUGCUGUAACGGCGGCUGAGAUGGACUUCCCGGCCGAUUCCUCCAAGGAGUCUUGGCUGUUUUAUGCAGGUCAGGCUCAGGGGACCUUGAGUAGUACCUUCGCAUUUUCGAAUAUAUGCGACGGUGGCCUUGAAAUUUCCAACGUUGUUAUAGAAGAGACGAACAAGUCGAUGAAAGACGCCCUAAGCAACGGAGAGUUCCUGCAGUUGUCUGCACGACUAGCAUAUCUCACCACGGGUGAUAAUCAAUCAUCUUAUGUAGCUGAUGCAGUUAAGAUUUGGGAUUGGUGCGUGGAUAACGAUAUGGUGGUGGAGUCAAAUUGGACCAUCAAUUACCUGGUGACGAAUACGACCGCCUCAGGGAACUGCACGGCGAUGGCAACGAAUAACGGGGAAUACACAUAUAUCUACGGCCUGUACAUGAGCGCGGCAGCAUACAUGUAUAAUGUGACCGGCGCAGCUACUUGGGAGAAAAGGGCAAAAGGGAUGUUAAAUACCAUCAUGAACAUGUUUGUUGACGAUGGUGUGAUACAAGAACUUGGGAUGGAGAUGAGCCCUGACGCAGGAUUCUCGGGUUCGACUUGGGACGAUGAUACUGCGUACGCCUUGAAGGGCCUCUUGGCAUCCUGCCUUGCGGUGGUGACACACCUCAUGCCAGAAACCGUGGACACGAUUGAGCCCCUUCUCCAAAACACUGCAAAGGCCGUUGCGAAGCAAUGCAGCGGCAUGAGUAACGGCACUGUCUGUGGUUCUGAUUGGACUAAAUCGACAUACGAUAAGGAUCCCAACUUCUUCAGUUCGAUGAGCGCUGUGAAUGCUUUCACAGCAAACUUGUUAAUGGCGCGAAACUCCAGUAGCUCAAGCACCACGGGGACAAGCACCAACGGAACAAGCACGGACGCCGGAAGUGGUGGAAGCUCAGGUGGGCUCUCUGGCGGGGACAUUGCUGGCAUUGCGGUCGGAUCCGUUGCUGGCGCUGCUAUGAUCGCUGCUGUAGCCUUUCUAAUCCUCCGCAAGAAGAGGAAGCAAGCUGAAAGUGGAGCAGAAGUAACACCGGAAAAGAAUAUGGCCACUGACUCCAAAGGCGGUUACCAGGCCGCGGAGCUCGAGCCACGAGAGGUUGCGGAGCUUCCGCAGGGUGCUGCCUCCUACAACUUCCCGGAGAUGGACACUGACACUGCGAUGGAACAACCGCCCCAGGAGCUGCCGCCACAGGAGCUGAAAUCGACGAAGACGAUCCGUUAUGAAUUGGCCUAG